AUGAAACUAAAUGUAGACGGAUCAGCAAGGGGAAACUCGAGGGUAGGAGGAGGAGGAGGUGCUUGCAUGGACCAUCAAGGCAGUCUGGUCUUCUCUUUCCAUAACAAGUACGGCUCCAUUACAAACAACAUUGCUGAGGCGCAGGCAAUGGUAGAUGGUCUAAAGAUCUGCGCAGAUAAGGAGCUCAAUAACAUUAUAAUGGAAAUAGACUCUCGCAUUAUUCAUGAAGCUGUCUCCAAUCUAUUUCACUCUUGUGGCUGGAAGUUGUGGUAUCGCCUUGAAAUUAUUCAUCAAUUCGUUCAACCACUCAACCUCCGUUUCUCUCACACCCUCCGUGAAGGCAAUUCAGUGGCGGAUGGUCUAGCAAAGAUAGCAAGCAGCGGUGCUCCUGACAAGACCUACAUAUGCUUAAUCCCCAUCUUAUCAGGGGCUCCCCAGUUCUAG